UAAAAAUGUACAUACUUCAUAAAUCGAAUUACAUUACAGUUGUUAUGAUUAAUUACUUUAUUUAAAACUAAAUAUCAUUACUUGAAUAAUAGUUUUACUAUUAUUAUUAAUUUAUUUCAAUAAAAAUUAUGAAUUUUUUGUUAGAUAUAAUUAGAAGUGCUUUUAUCAAAAUGCUUGAAUUAAUUUGGUUUGGAAAGCGUAAGAUUUCAAGUUCAUUAAGUAUUUAUAUAAAAACAAACACUGGAAGUACAUUAACUAUUGACUUGGACCCGAAAUGGGAUAUUAAAAAUGUUAAAGAAAUAGUUGCUCCUCAGAUGGGAAUGUCACCUGAUGAAAUUAAAAUAAUUUUUGCAGGAAAAGAACUACACAACUCGACAAUAAUUGAAGAAUGUGAUUUAGGACAACAAAGUAUUUUACAUGCAGUCAAAGUUCCUCUUAGAAGACGUCAAGUUGGACCUGAUUCAACUCAAACUAUUAAUGAACGAUUAUCAGAAUCUUCUGAAUUCGAUGAUACUGGUGGUGGUGGUGGUGGUAAACCACUCAAUGAAACUCUCACUGAUUUGUCUCUGAAUGAAAUUACUACGUUAGAUUCGAAUGGUGGUCAAAAACAACAAGAGAAACGGGCUCAUUUUUUUGUAUUCUGUUCAAAUCCAUGUAAAUCAAUUGAAGUUGGAAAAUUGAGAGUCAGAUGUGCCUUAUGUGGUAGUGGAGCAGUAACAGUAGAUCGCGAUCCACAAUCAUGGCCUGAUGUAAUACAGCCAAAUCGAAUUACUGUCCACUGUGAAAAUGAUCUUUGUCAAACGAAUAAUAUUUCAGAAAAUUCAGAAUCUCAAGUGCCUUAUGCCCAGUUUUAUUUUAAAUGCGCUAAACAUCCUCGUCAAGGUGAAAAAGAUGAAGCAGUACCACUAUACCUUAUUCGACCGAAUCUUAGAAAAGUUCCAUGUUUAGCAUGUACAGACAUCAGGGAGACAGUGUUGGUAUUCCCUUGUGAAGCUGCUCAUGUUACGUGCCUAGAAUGCUUUAAAGAAUACUGUUCUAUACGACUAUGUGAACGUCAAUUUGAAUUUGAUGAAAAUACAGGAUAUUACACACUUCCGUGUCCUGCUGGAUGUCCGAAUUCAUACAUCCAAGAGAUACAUCAUUUUCGAAUAUUAAAACCAGCACAGUAUGAACAAUAUCAACGUUUUGGAGCUGAAGAGUAUGUUUUGAGAGCUGGUGGACUCUUAUGUCCUCAACCUGAUUGCGGUAUGGGAAUAAUUCCAGUAGAUCCGAAAGAUGGAUUUAAUGAAGAAGAAUGUAAAAAGAUUCAGUGCAUUGGUGGUUGUGGAUUUGUAUUUUGUAGAAGAUGUUUAAAUGGAUAUCAUCUUGGUGAAUGUGAUAGUCAGCAACCUACCACUUCUAAUGUUCAGUCAUGGUCUGGUGGAUAUGCAGUGGAUCCGAAUCGAGCUAAAGAUGCAAAAUGGGAUGAUGUUAAUACAAAGGCUAUUAAAAAAUUGACGAAGCCGUGUCCUCAGUGUAGAACACCAACUGAACGUGAUGGAGGAUGUAUGCAUAUGGUGUGUACACGUGCAAGAUGUAACUUUCAGUGGUGUUGGAUUUGUCAAACAGCUUGGUCUCGUGAAUGUAUGGGUAACCAUUGGUUUGGAUAAUUAUUAUAACUAAUUAAAUAAACAUGUACAGGUGAAACAAAAUGUAAAUAUACAUAUGUAUAUAAUUACUAUUUGUUUAUU